CCUGGAUAAGCUUGCACGAGGAAACGAUAGGACAGGCGAGCCGCUGUGCCGGUUACAUCCAACCAAACCUCCGUUCGAACUAAUAUACCCGCCGUGCCCCUAGGCACACUGUCACUGUCAUUUGCGUCGCAGCGCUGCCGUCGUCCGCGUCCGCGUCGCUCUGCCUCUGCCUCUGCCUGGCCCAGUGUUUCCGCUUUCUUUCGCCUCGUUGUAAUGUUACUUUUAGUUUGAUGUUGGAGCCUCGACGAGCCGGUCGUAAGCGUAAUCGUAAGCGAGACUUUAGUGCGAUUCCGCUCCGUUCCGCCGGGGUGUGUGUCUAUGUGCGUGUUUGUGUUUAGUUCGAGCAGAGCCAGAGCAGAGCACCAAGCCAGAGUCGCAGUCGAGAAUCGAAACCGAAAGUGGUUCUCCGCGUGUGUGCGUGUGCGAGUGUGAGUGAGUGCUUGUUGUUGUUCUUGUUGUGUGGUGCCUGCUUUUCUACCCCCGAAAAAGCAAAGCACAGCAUAAAACUGUGCGCUCGUACGCGCGCCAGUGUGUGAGUGUGUGAGGAAAGAGGAAAGGAGGAGAGAAUAAGUAGAAGGAGAAGGAGAAAUAAAAGAAAACCAACCCCCACCAGCGGCGGCGGAAAAGAGGAAGAAAACAACAACAGAAGGCACACUACCACCACCAUUACCACUUUCCACCACCCACUCUUCGUCAUCGCGAAAAACGGGACUCGUGUAGAAACCGAUCGAGAGAGCGAAGAGAGUGCGACCAAACCACUUUAAAGGAUUAUUACAAUUCCGAAGAGGGCCCCGCGUGGCCGAGUCGACAUCCGCAUUGCUUCAUCCGCCCCGCCGAUCCUGACAUGAUGAACUUCUCCGCGUUCGGCGGCCCCUUCUCCGGCAUCCAUCAGUUUGCCGCUAAAUUUGAUGCUCAGACGCCCGGCGCCUUCGGUACGCCCCCCGCCGCCGCUGUGAAUGCAGCAGCCGCUGCGGCGGCCGCCGGCACCGAUAACCAUGUGCAGCGCUAUCAGACCAAUGGCAAUCACUUUAAUCAGAAUGUGCCCAACGUUUCGGCUGCCAACAACAUGCAAUAUGGCCAGAAUAUAUCCAUACCGUACUCACAGCCGCAGGGCGAUCUGAACUUUCUCAAUGCAGCCGCAGCGGCCGAUCAUAAGGGUAAAAUCCAUCCAAAAAUCGAACGUGACCGGGAAGAAGUCCUCAAUCAGCAGAUCCUGCAGAAUGUGAACCAAUCCUGGCAAACGCUGGCCAACACGGCCAACACGGUGGACUACUCGUCACACCUGCUCUCCGCCACACUGCCCAUCUCCAUUCAGCACUUCCUCAAGUACUCGGAGACCAUCAAGAAGGAGUCCACCGGGGAUGUCCUCAAGAACGGCACCAAUCUGGCCAGCCUGGCGCUGGGUGGCGUUGCCCUGACGCCCAGUAAUAAUGGGGCUAAUGGGGGCCACCACAACGGACUGGUGGGCAUGGAGCACGGCGGUCAUAUGACUAACAUGACGGACGCCAACGGUGCGACGCUGACGAAUGGAGGAGCCAGCAACGGGGUGAACGGAAAUGCCAAUGGGACGGUGAGCAAUGGCGGCGCCGGGGCGGUAUCCAGUACCGGAUCCGUGGGCACCACGAAUGCCAGCGGCGCCACCGGCACAGCCACCGGCAAGAAGACCAAAAAGAAGAAACCACCAAAGGAGAAGAAGCCGCGCCCCAAGCCUGGCGAGAUCCGCGAGACGAAGGCGCUGGACGGCUCAACGCUAUACUGCUGCCCGGAGUGCCAGAUGGCCUAUCCGGACCGCAGCCUCAUCGAGCAGCACGUUAUCUCGCACGCCGUAGAGCGGCGCUUCGUCUGCGACAUCUGCAAUGCGGCGCUGAAGCGCAAGGACCACCUGACCAGGCACAAGCUCUCCCACAUACCGGACAGACCGCAUGUGUGCAAUAUCUGCAUGAAGUCCUUCAAGCGCAAGGAGCAGCUAACUCUGCACAUUGUCAUCCAUUCCGGCGAGAAGAAGCAUGUAUGCAUUGAGUGUGGAAAAGGUUUCUAUCGCAAGGACCACUUGCGCAAGCACACGCGGUCCCACAUCGCCCGACGCGUCAAGUCGGAGGUGUCGGCGCAGAACGUGAACGGAUCCGGCGGCGGAGGAGGCGGAGGCGGCGGCGGUGGUGGUGGCGGCAACAGUGCGCAGAACAACGCGCUGCACGGCUCCUGAGGAUCGUACAAGGACUUCUGGUAAACUCCCAGACGAAUUUCAAGCCAUAAGGGGCGGCCAGGCUGCUGGCGGCGGCGGGCAUAGAUAGAUCCACAUCCGAAUCGGAUCGGAUCGCAUUGCCUGUGGCCGGGAGCAGCCGAGCUGCCUUUGAAAUUCGUUGGGGGCUUACCGGGGGUCCUGCUGAGCGUCACCCAACUCCAAUACAAUAACCCUCAAAAUAAACACGAGUUAUACUUACUGGAUGCAAGUA